UGAUACCUGCUGAAUGGCGGAGCUUACAAAACCACUCGCGAGUCUCCUGCUUCCAGCUGUCUGUCUGACUGUGAAGAUUGAGAUCUAUGGAUACACCCUUACAGUUCACAGGAGGGCCUCUUCCUGAUCUGAGAGUGAAACAAGAGAGUAUGGAGUCUCCUGCUCCCAGCUGUCUGUCUGUGAAGAGUGACAGGUCUAUGGAUCCACCCUUACAGUUCACAGGAGGAACUCUUCCUGAUCUGAGAGUGAAACAAGAGACAAUGGAUUCUCCUGCUCCCAGCUGUCUGUCUGUGAAGAGUGAGAUGUCUAUGGAUCCACCCUUACAGUUCAGAGAUGGCUCACUGUAUGAUAUCAGUGCCAGUCUGCUGACUGAGGACCAGUUCCGAUGUUCCGUGUGUUCUGAGGCUCUGAGGGAGCCGGUCUCCAUCCCCUGUGGACACAGUUACUGCAGACAGUGCAUCAGUACCUACUGGGCCCAGCCCAGCCUAGAGGGAUACUAUGUGUGCCCUGAGUGCAGUAAGAGAUUCUGCACCCUGCCUGAGCUCUCCAUUAACACAGCCUUGGCCAGGGUACUUCAGGCUUUCCAGCAGGCAGGUUACAGCCCUGCCCUCCCUGCCCAGACAUACGCAGGGGCUGGGGAUGUACCUUGUGAUCUCUGCCCUGGGCCCAAGCACAGAGCCGUCAAGUCCUGCCUGACCUGUAGCGCCUCCUACUGUGAGCGUCACGUCAGACAGCACUACACGGUCCCAGCACUGCAGAGACACCUCCUAGAAGAGGUCAGGGGAGACCAGACACACACAGACCAGCCGGAUAGAACCAUGAAGAUGGAGGACCUCAAAGAGGAGGAGACUAUGGAAGUACAGACUGAAGAGGAAACAGAGAAGGCCAACAGCUUUUCAACAUGUACCCAACUUUGGAAAAUUGAGUCAGAGAGAGAAUGUAGCAGAGUGAAACAAGAGAGAAUGGAUUCUCCUGCUCCCAGCUGUCUGUCUGUGAAGAGUGAGAUGUCUAUGGAUCCACCCUUACAGUUCACAGGAGGAACUCUUCUUGAUUUGAGGGUCCUAAAGAGGAGAAUGGAGUCUCCUGCUCCCAGCUGUCUGUCUGUGAAGAGGUACAGGUCUAUGGAUCCACCCUUACAGUUCACAGGAGGGCCUCUUCCUGAUCUGAGAGUGAAACAAGAGAGAAUGGAUUCUCCUGCUCCCAGCUGUCUGUCUGUGAAGAGUGAGAUGUCUAUGGAUCCACCCUUACAGUUCAGAGAUGGCUCACUGUAUGAUAUCAGUGUGAAACAAGAGAGUAUGGAGUCUCCUGCUCCCAGCUGUCUGUCUGUGAAGAGUGAGAUGUCUAUGGAUCCACCCUUACAGUUCACAGGAGGAACUCUUCCUGAUCUGAGGGUCCUAAAGAGGAGAAUGGAGUCUCCUGCUCCCAGCUGUCUGUCUGUGAAGAGUGAGAUGUCUAUGGAUCCACCCUUACAGUUCACAGGAGGGCCUCUUCCUGAUCUGAGAGUGAAACAAGAGAGAAUGGAUUCUCCUGCUCCCAGCUGUCUGUCUGUGAAGAGUGAGAUGUCUAUGGAUCCACCCUUACAGUUCAGAGAUGGCUCACUGUAUGAUAUCAGUGCCAGUUUGCUGACUGAGGACCAGUUCCGAUGUUCCGUGUGUUCUCAGGCUCUGAUGGAGCCGAUCUCCAUCCCCUGUGGACACAGUUACUGCAGACAGUGCAUCAGUACCUACUGGGCCCAGCCCAGCCUAGAGGGAUACUAUGUGUGCCCUGAGUGCAGUAAGAGAUUCAGCACCCUGCCUGAGCUCUCCAUCAACACAGCCUUGGCCAGGGUACUUCAGGCUUUCCAGCAGGCAGGUUACAGCCCUGCCCUCCCUGCCCAGACCUACGCAGGGGCAGGGGAUGUACCCUGUGAUCUCUGCCCUGGGCCCAAGCACAGAGCCGUCAAGUCUUGCCUAACCUGUAGCGCCUCCUACUGUGAGGGUCACGUCAGACAGCACUACACGGUCCCAGCACUGCAGAGACACCUCCUGGCAGAGGUCAGGGGAGACCAGACACACACAGACCAGCCGGACAGAACCAUAAAGAUGGAGGACAUCAAAGAGGGCCAUGAGCACAAGAUGGAGGAGGGUCUGGACGACGAGAGCAACAGCCAGGGCACCGCCGGGAUGGCCUCCCAGCAGCCCUCAGGCAUCGGAGGCGUGGCCGUAGGCGGAGCAGCGGGCGCGGCCGGGGCCCAGGCUGGCCUCGGCGCCGUCGGAACGGGCCCGGGGGCGGCGCCCCCCCACGGCCGACCCGGAGAAGCGCAAGCUGAUCCAGCAGCAGGGAUGUUGGGGGGUCAGGGGCUAGCUGGCAGGGCCAUGCUGGAACCCCAGCAGAGCAUGGGGCUAGGUGGAGCAGGAGCCAUGCAGCAGCCAGGUGUCCCACAGAGCCAGCUCCCCCCACAGGUCCAACAGCAGCUUCAACAGCAGGCAGGGGGAGGGCAGCAGCCAUGGCCCCCUCAACAGAGGCAAGGCAUGAUGGGACAGAUGGGUCACAUGACGCAACAGCAGCAGCAGCAGGUUGCCCAGCAACAGCUGCAGCAGCUACAACAACAACAACUCCAGCAGCAACUACCCCAGCAGCCUGGGCAGCCCCAGCAGCAACAGGCGGUGGCGGAGGUGGUCCAGGCGGGGUGAGGUUCCAGGGGUCUGGGGGAGGCCUGCCUGGGCCUGGGCUAGGAGGAGGAGGGCCAGGGGGUAACCAGGUUGGGAUGGAUGGGCAGCAGAUGCAAGUGAACCCAGGAGGAGGACAACCAGGGAUGAACAUGGCCCAGG